AUGGCUCUCAGAGUUAUUGCAUUGUCUUCUCUUGUCUUUCUUCUCUCACUCAUCAGCUUCGCCGCAAUGGCUAAAUCUGAGCAGUGCACGUGCGUUGUAAGAGUCAAGACGGGAGAUGUGCAAGACGCAUCAACGGACUCCACCAUAAGCCCCAAGCUAAACACAUCUUCCGGCAAUGGCUUUUCCGUCGACAACCUUGAAGAUUGGGGCAUGAUGGAAUCCGGUCACAACUACUUCGAGCAGGGCAAACUCGACGUCUUCAGUGGCACCGGCCCUUGCCUGAUCUCUGCGCCAUCACCGUAG